GCCAUUCAGCAUUCAAGGCUGGUACUACUGUGUUUUCAAUCACGAAUACUACGGUUGGUAAUUAAUAAUUGGCGGCUAUCUGAGGAUUCCUACUGGAAUACAUGUAAUAGCGUAUAGGAAGUACUGUUAAUCAGAGACCAGAUGAAUCGACCAGAAGAACCUGCUAAGCUCAUUUUACCACCGCCUCCGCCGCCGCCGCCACCAGCAGCACCAUUAUUCUGCAAAGCUGUUUCCAUGGUAACCCCAUCUGAUGCAAGCAUUAAAGAUACUGAUCCGAAAGAAGAGAUUAGACAAUCAAUAAAAAGAUUUGUAAAGUGUGGUCUGGUAGCAUUGUGUAUGGCGGCCAACUUGCUGAAUGGCAACAACGGAACAGACUUGGAUGUUGUAUUCAGACACGCUCAGAGUCUUGGAUACACUUGCAAAGGAGAGAUGUUUUCAGCUACCACAAUGGGAAUGUUAUGUAAUGAAGCGCAUCAAAUUGACUGUACUGUGAAAAAGAACGGCUUACGGGACAAGACAAUGAUACUCAAUCAUUUAUCUGCUGGACUACCCAUGCUUGUACCGUACGAUGCAGAUUUCAACCAUGAGCCAUGUUGCAAACAGGGACAGAAAGCCCACUGGGCAGUGAUUACAGGAUUUCUUCUUGGGACUGCAGAUCCCAUUUCAGUUGGUAAUCAUCACUGCCAGCAAGACGAAAUAAUAGAAAGCUUAUUCCAUCUACCUCCGAAGGCUGUACUUCUGCCAUCGGAUGUUAAGUGUAGACAGUGCUAUUUAUUUGCCAAACAUGGGAAGAGCACUCACCUACAGACAUGGAGAUAUGACGCAAUGGAAAACAGUAACAAACAAUUAACAAGCUUAGAUCCAAAGAUAGCGAAAGAAAUUGACAAUUAUUUGAUCCCUGAAGGAGGAAUCAAAGCUGGUCUUUGCAAUCAAAUUAUCUUAUUAGAACAAUCUACAGGCUGUGGUUGA